AUGAAUACCACUACUAGGAAAAUAGGGUGCUCAUUACCGUUACAUUUACCUAAGCCAAAGAUCAUAACACUUGAUGCAUACAAUACGUUAUACUCAACAAAAGUUCCAGUAAUGCAAAAAUACUGUGAAUUUGGUGUUAAAUAUGGACUGGACAUCAAUAUUCCAAUAGAUUGCAAAAAAAUGGAACAGAGUUUUCCUUCAAUAUUUAAAAAGAUAAACAAUAAAUAUCCACAAUACGGUAAAAAAUGUGGGCUUACACCUGAAGAAUGGUGGAGUAAAUUAAUAAUUGAAUGCUUUCAAUCGGUAUUACCACACAUAUCAGAGAAACGGGGAUUGCCUGAUGGACUGCUCGAUGAUAUUCUCGCUUCAUUUGAAACCUCACAAGUUUAUGCUAUCUAUCCUGAUUUAAUCCCAUUUUUAGAAUAUUGUAAAAACAAUGACAUUGUUUUGGGUAUUGCAAGUAAUACAGACCCUAUAAUGUGCAAAUUAAUACGUAAUUUGGGUAUCGAUCUGUAUUUUAUUAAUGAUAACAACAGCAACGUAUAUUUAUCUUAUGAUUUGGAGAUUAAAAAACCAAAUAAAUUAUUUUUUGAUUAUAUUUUGAAAAGGGUAAUAUAUCAAGACAAAUCUUUAACAAAAAAUAUGAAACAUGACAAUAUUGAUGAGCUGAAAAAACAUUGUUAUCAUAUUGGUGAUGAAAAACAUAACGAUAUGGAGGGUGCUUCAAAUGCUGGCUGGAAUGGUAUUUUAUUGGAUAGAAUGAAUAAAUAUGGAUACUUUGGUACUGAUAUUUACAAAAGCAAGAGCAGUGUCCCAAUUGAAACUCAAUUAGCCAUAGAUAAGAUAGAUAACAAUUUAGAGCAAGCUUGGGUUACAUGUUUACAAAAUAAGAAUAAAAUAAUUACUGCUGGACCCAAUCAGUUUGUAAUAUCUACUUUUCAAACCUUAACUGAUCUAUUUCAACAGCAAGAAUAA